GUAGUUGUUGCGGUUGUUUGUUUUGCGCUUUAAAUUCUCAUCACUUGAAUAACUGUUAAAAGCUUAUCAGCAAUGCGCAUGCAAAUCGAAGCCUAAACGAACGAAACUGAAAGUGCAUUUAUCCAACAUUUUUUGACAAAAAUUCAAUUACAAUUACAAAAAUCUGCCAAAGGGCAUUACAAAUCGGUGCUGCUGCACCUGUUCGUUUCCUGCCGCAACCGCAACAGAUGCGCGCCCCAGUCGGAAUCAUAUAGCAUAAUGCGGCACGUACGGGCCUUUGGCUACGCAUAAAAAUGUUCCAAGUGUUGUGAAGUGCAUGAUAAGUUAAGGGCGAAGAAGAAACACAAGUGGAAACGAAAAACCAUAAAAAAAAAAAUAAAAAAACGGCCUUGUGCAUUUUUUAGUGUAUUACAAUCCAUCAAAGUUUUGGGAUUACACACGCACACACACACACACAAAUACACUUUGGAUUACCAAAAAAAAAAAAAGAUAAACCGAAAAAAGCUAAACCCAAUUGAACUUUAGAAAGAUGCUGAAGCACGUUCAAAUCUCGCCGUUGCGCAAUCGCUCGGAUUCGGUUUCGCUGCGCUCCUCGAGCAACGCCUCAUCCUGCGCCAGCUCCAUGUGCGGCAGUCCGGAACCGCCCACCGAUAUGCAGCGAACGCCAUCGCGCGCCUCCAGCUACUCGAGCCUGAAUGAGCAGCCGCCGCAGACCACCAUCAAGGUUUACACGAACUGCCUGAAGAUCGACAUUGAGUACAAGACACUGGGCAUACAGUGGGACACCACCAGCAAGGAGGUGAUUGCCCAGCUGCUGCGACGCCUGAAGAUGCGGCAUCGCGAUCCUCGCCUCUUCUAUCUCUCCAUGGAGGUGGCCGUGCGGCGUGCGGGCGUGAAGACCAUACUGGUGCUGGACGAGGACACGCGCCCGGCCAUACUCCAGGCCUGCCAUCCCAAGGGCGAGUCGCGCUUCUGCCUGCAGCUGAAGCCGGGCGGCCUAAUACGGGUGCACACCUCGGCGCUGCAGCCGAGCUCACAGUACAAAUCGCUGGUCAUCAGCGAAGAGACCAACUGCGAUGAGCUGCUACAGCUGCUGCUCGGCUGCUACAGCUCGCUGGAGCCCGUCGAGAACUUUGCCCUGUACGAGGUGUGCCCGGGCCAGGAAUGCCAGCGCAAGCUGCAUCCGGACGAUCUGCCGCUGCGCGCCCAAUCGGAGCGCCUGAGGCGCGGCGAGAGCUGUCACUUUUUGGUGCGGCGCACGCCCAACUAUGCGCGCCGUCGCCAGCUGCUGGCCAAUCUGAACGAGGCCAUCAGCCAGAGCUACGAGAGCGCUGCGACGGGCGUUCCCGCUGCUGCGGUCGAGGAUGCAGAUGCAAUUAGCCUACUGGAGCUGUCGCUGGACUCGGAGCCGGCCGAGGAUCUGCGCAGCUGCAGCAGCAGCAGCGAGGAUGCCGAGGACGAUGAGUGCGCCAGCAGUUCCGGCUCAUCAGACAACUCCACCGAGUGCACGCUGCGUCGCGACUUCUUUCAGCGCCACACGCCUGCUACCACACCCUCCGCUGCUGGGGCCAGCGCUCAAAGCAAUGGCAACGCCUCGCCGCCCGCUCGCGCCUACAGCCCCGUGUACAACAUACGCGAAAUACGCACCGCGACGCACUCGUUCUCCUCGCUGGGCAAGGACAAGAAGCUGCUAGACAUACAUAUGAAUGCACGCUAUGCGCCUGCUGGCAUCUACAGCCGCCUGCUACCCGUCGCCGAGGUGGACAACCUGGAUGUCAAUGGCAAUGCAGCAGCCACAACAACCACAACAACAACAACAACUCCAGCUGCAGCAGCGAAACUUGCAGCGGAAGCGGUUAACAACAAUCCGGCCAAAGGUCUGGGCCACUUUGUCUACUUGUAGCGCCGGCUCCAGUGGAGCCGUGCGCGUUGUACAUAGGAGAAGAAAGGACAAGAAGAGAGCGAGAGAGGAAAUCCCCCAAAAAACGAGAACCGUUUGGACCAAAGAUGCAUUUGUAGAUUAAGUCGUAGGCAUGUAUAUAUAUAUGUAUAGAGUUAAGCACCCGAGGAAGAUUCGCUUUUAGUAUGUCCAGCAGAGGAAGGCAACUAAAACAAAUUCAAUCCAAGGAUACAAAAGGAGUCUAUAUAGCUUAAGGCUUUAGUCGCGCAGCUAAAGCUAAACUAAGUCUAAGAUCUUGGCACCUAACAAAGCCUAACACAUAAGAUAAAUGUAGAAACCAAAAGAUAUUCUAAUAAUGCACUCACAAAUAUAAACAAAGAAAACCUGAAAUUAUUGUAAAAUU